AUGACAGAUGGGAAAGAAAGACGUCUAGGGGAAAGGCAAGACAUUGCAGAGGAGAAAUGGCAGAAGAAUCAAGGAAGACCUGAAGGAAUUGUCAACAGAAACAACGGCAUCCAUAACGUCAGGCUGAAGACGAACUUGUAUGCUCCACAGAGCAACACGUAUAAACCUCACACAGAAUCAGACAAAAGAGCCAUCACCGAGACAAUUCUUGAUGUAGCUGCAGUAGAAUUAGUUGCAUCAGGUGGCUGCAAGAUUAGGAAUAAGGUGGCAUUUCUUGUGGUGCUGGUCAUCUUUGGGACACAGUCUCAUGGAUACGAGGUUUAUAACAUCUUCAGCCCAAGCAAAAAUGGUGGCAGUGUUCAGGAAACAGUGACAAUUGACAAUGAAAAAAAUACUGCUACCAUUAACAUCCACGCUGGAUCAUGUUCUUCUACCACGAUUUUUGACUAUAAACAUGGCUACAUUGCAUCCAGGAUACUCUCCCGAAGAGCCUGCUACAUCCUAAAGAUGGACCAUAAAGCUAUCCCUGCUCUGGACAAGCUGGAACGGUACAUCUACGAGAGGCAGACUAUGAACAUCAUGUCCUCCAACAAAUACACCUGGGUCAAGUACAAUCCUCUGGAGUCUCUGAUCACAAAUGUGGACUGGUUCCUGUUUGGGUCACCCAUUGAGCAACUCUGCAAACACAUCCCCUUGUAUAAGGGGGAAGUGGUUGAAAAGACAGAUGAUAUUGCUGCUGGAGGCUGUGCAAAGGCAGGGCUCCUGGGCAUCUUGGGGAUUUCCAUCUGCGCAGGCAUUCAUGUUUAGGACAGUCACCUACUGGUUUCAUCCUUUCAAAGAAAUCUGAUCUUGGUUUCCAC